UAGAGAUAGCUUGCUAACGUUUUCGGCAACAAUUUUGUUUGGCCUCAUUACAGAUCGACUUCAUUUCUAGUUGACAGCAUUUCAAGAAAAGGCAAAUAUACAAGUGUACGUGCGGUGCUUCCUUCUCCUAACUGGCUACUUGCUUGAUACCCUAACCAGCUAACUUCUUCAGCUUGCCGCGUCUCACAAACUAACAAGAUCAUCAUGACCAUGGACAUGAUGCGAAUGUGCACACAAACACAGACGUUACAAAACGUACCACUGUCCAUUCGCGGCGGGCACAGCCGGAACAUUCUCGAUGUAUUUCAUGUCCGCCGCCAAAAGGACAAGGUUGUGAUCAUAAUGGGCGCCACUGGGACGGGCAAGUCGAAGCUCUCCAUCGACCUAGCUACACGCUUCCCGGGAGAAGUCAUUAACUCCGACAAAAUACAAUUCUACGAGGGCCUUGACAUAGCCACCAACAAAAUAACACCACAAGAACAACGCGGCGUCCCCCACCAUAUGCUUGGAGUUUUAGACCCCAAUGUCGAUUUCUCGGCGGACGACUUCUGUGACGUCACCUGCCGCACCGUCGAGUCAAUCUUGAACCGCAAUCGACUUCCGAUCAUCGUCGGAGGCUCAAACUCGUACAUAGAGGCCUUGGUUGACGGCUACGAUAAGAUGUUCCGGUCCAGAUACGAUUUCGUUUUUUUGUGGGUGGAUGUAUCCUUACCUGUUUUGCAUUCUUUUGUUUCCGACCGGGUCGAUCAGAUGGUGGAGAAUGGAAUGGUGGAGGAAGCGAGAGCGUUCUUUGAUCCCAAUGCCGAUUAUACAAAAGGGAUCAGAAGGGCCAUCGGUGUGCCGGAGUUUGAUGACUAUUUCCAGUAUGGUCCGUUCUUGGAUGAGGAAACUAGAGCCGGAUUACUCGAACAAGCGAUAAACGCAGUAAAAGACAACACUUGCAAGUUAGCAUGUAGGCAGUUGGAGAAGAUUCGAAGACUCAGGAAUAAAGGGUGGAGUCUGCAUCAACUUGAUGCCACUGAGGUAUUCCGAAAUAAUGGCAAGGAGUCCCAUGAGGCCUGGGACAGGCUGGUUUCGGGGCCAAGCGCCAUGAUUGUUCGCCAGUUUCUUUACAAUGUCAAGGCCGACGUUCCUACAAAUCUCCCUGCCAUUAGAGUUCCGGCUGCAAUGGAAACUGCAGCUCUCGCGGCGGCAACUUACUAGAAUUUCGAGUUCUCGACCUCAAAUCUUUUAAUACAAUACUACGAGUUCGUUAUUCAUAACAUCACUUUCACAACAUGAUAUGAUCGAGUCCUAUGAUCGAUUUAUCAGCUAGCGAAAUGAUGUACUCAUACUUAAUUCGACAAAAAUUAGCUAGCUCGAGUCGCAAUAAAUUUUGCAGCAGUAGUACAUUUGGUUAAUCUAUUGGAGUAUUGAGAUAUAUUGUCAAUGUCAUUGGAGUUUUUAGUAAGCAUUGUCAAUGACUGUAGUU